AUGGAAUUUGAAGUUUAAGAAAAUUAAGCUAAUAACUCCAUAUAAGGAGUUAUAAAUCUUUAGCCCUAAGUGAAUCCAGUCCAAGCUUAGCAUUAGGAAAUCCCAAUUAAGUAAACUGACCUUCAGGUGUCAAGCACACUUGAAGAAAGUGUAGCAGUCACAUUGCUUCGAGAUUUGAGGUAGAUAGGAGUAAAACUGAGAUGCGUUUUGGUACCGACAAUGUCAACUAACAAUGCCAGAGAACUCAGAAAUUGGGAUUUGUGGGGACCAUUGGUAUUUUGUUUGAUGUUAGCAUUAACUUUGAGUAUGAGUGGUAAUAAUGAUGAUGGUCCAGGGAUAUUUGCCACAAUAUUUGUACUUAUUUGGGUUGGCUCCUUUGUAGUUACUCUAAAUGCUUAAUUAUUGGGUGGGAAAGUAUCAUUUUUCCAAUCGGUUUGUGUGUUGGGAUACUGUGUAUUUCCAAUAAAUUUGGGAGCCUUGUUUACUUUAUUCUUCUCCUUCUUUUAUUUGAAGAUGUUUUUGGUGAUUGGGUGUUUCCUAUGGUCAACCUACUCUGCGGUUGGAUUUAUGAAAUUAUUGAUCCCAGAAUAGAAAAGAAUAUUAGCACUUUACCCAGUGAUUCUAUUCUAUUUGUUCUUAAGUUGGUUUGCACUGAUAGUUUGA